CGGCUCUUCUCCUGCUUUCCUUCUCUCUCUCUCUCUCUCUUUCUGUAACUAAAAAGAAUAGAAUAGGAAGGAAGCAACAAUCAUAAGCAAAGCAGCUAGCAGCAGCCGCUCAGUCACUCUCUCUAUCUCUAGGAUUGUCUUCUCAGUUUCUUCCCGCAGAAGCUCUCGCUGCACCGGCCAUGGCGGUUAUCGGAGGCUGCUGAAUUCUCCGUCUCCCUCCUCCCCUCGUUUCGAGUCAGGUGCGGGAUUCUGUUGCCGCAGUUUAUCGAAUUCGAGUGCUUCAUCUUAAUUCAAGCUUCUUUAUGGUUUUAUUUUCUGUUUAGCUUCUUCUUCGUUGUUUUACUCGGAAGUGGAAUCGGAUCGAUUGACUCGUGUCUCCAUUUUCCCCCCUCCCCGUCGUCUAGAUUUUAGGGGUUUCCGUCUCUAGUGGAUAUUUUUCGGCUGUGUUUUUUUCCCCUUCCAUUUCUCCGGUUUCUAUAUUAAGGGGUUGAUUAUUGACUUUGGACUUACUCUUCGCUCCGCCUAGAGAGUAGGCGAAUAUUGAUUCGAUUUUCCGGCUGCUUUGUUUAUUUUAUUUUAUUUAGUUUCUAGAUUGGGAUUUGGGUUUUUUUGUUACCGGUGAUGCGAGCUGCCAGUGGGGGAGUUUGUCCUUGUUCGGUGAGAGUUGGUGUGAACGGUGAGUUUGCUAGCAAAGAGAAGGAAACCAGGGAAAAUAAUAGGAGUUUGAUUUGUUAAAUUUCGUGGGUUCAUUGUCUUUUCGGGCUUUUUGAUGUUAUCUGUAUGAACUGUAUUUGGUGGGUUCUCCGGUUAGAUGAGGCCAUUGAAUUAGAACUUGUCCGCCGCUCUCUGUUUUUGUACCUUCCGAAAUAUGGCCUGCAGGAUCUGAAGAACAAAUCCAUCUUUCCCACACUCUAAAUAUAAUUUUAUAUCUGUGGACUGUGGCUAAGUUCUCUCUAGUCUCGACUUUUCGUUGGAUGGUUUGAGCCUUGUUGAGCUGAAUCCAUCAUUUGGAAGCGGGGGCUUUCUUUGGUGUUCUUGAGGUCGGUAUCUGUUGUGUAAGAUCAUGUUUGGGUUAGAGUUGGGAUGAGUUAUUGAGUUUUUGUUUUUUAGGAUUGCCCCUUCUUUUCUGUGAAGUAAUUCUUCGAGGGUUGUUUGCCAAUUCUGGAAACAUGCACGUGGUUUUCUGGGCAUCAAAUUAAUGACGCGCAUAAAUUCUAACCAUUGCUUUUGUUCGUGGUGCAGAUACACAAAACUUUACCUGGGUUCUUUCCUUUUAUGGUGAUAUUGUUAUUUCCAGUGCUGGGUUUGGAAAUUUGAGCAUGUGAUUGGGGUUUCUUCUUUUUUCGUACCAGAAUAGUCUUCUUUAGUGGACAUUGAGAAUGGGAGGCGCUUGUUGCAUUGCUGCUAGAGACAAAAACAUAGUGAGUGGACCUGGAAGUGACAUCCUGCACAGGAAUAUUCGACAUUCACCAACAUGGAGCUUUAGGUGGGAUAACCGGGGCCGAGUAGCUGGGGAAGAUACUUCCGUAAGUUGGUUUUCUAAUGAAACCAGUAGAAACGAUGUAUCUGAUGCUAAAAAUGAAUCAACCUAUGCCUCGGAAGAUGGGAGUCCAUUUACUAGUGCCAGGAGACAUACAUUUCAGAAGUCUCCUGUAUCUGACAGGACUCUGGGUCACCUAACGACUCCUGCUUCAGAUCAAUCCAUAUCAAGGAAUGCAUCGAUGGAUACAAAUCUGGAACAGGUGAAGGAGACUGAAGAGCCGCCAGGAACUUCAAAUCACUCUCCCUCCAACAUAUCCCUUUCAUUGCCUUCAACUUCAUCUCUGUCAACCUCUCCCAUAUCAAUAGCUCAAAGCCACUUGCUUCCCGCCAGCUUAACCAAGCCAACAUGGUCGGCAGGGCAAGAAGCAUCGGGCAGCAAAAAUCCAGGAUUGAAGACCGGUAGUGAAGACCACAGGUCUGUGAAUCCCUCAUGGAGCAAUGAGUCUACUCGAGGGUCCCACGGAGGGUCUUCCGAUAGUUGGUCUAUGCUUGCAUUCUCUGAACUCAUGUCCACAUCUAAUAGAGAGAGAUGGUCCUUCGACACCACCGAGUUAUUGGGGGGUUCCAAUCGAGGGAAAACAAGAGGGCAUGGUCACCAUACAUCUGCUUCUUCCUUCUCUAUGGAUCUACAAGCAUGUGGAGUAUGCUUGAAGCUACUAACCGAGAGAUCUGCGUGGAGCACCCAGAAGCUUAUUGCGAACAACGAGCUAUCUGUUGUUGCAGUGCUAACUUGUGGCCAUGCUUACCAUGCGGAAUGUCUGGAGACUUUAACACCAGAAAUGUCCAAGUAUGAUCCGUCUUGCCCUAUAUGUACGCUCGGGGAGAAGCAGACUCUGAAGCUAUGUCAGAGAGCCAUGAAAGCUGAAAUGGACUUGAAGGCGGCCAAGAACAAGAGAUCCAGGAGCCGGGUUGUGGACAGUGAUGCUGAUGGAGAUUCCUUAAAUGGUGAUCAUUUCAAACUACCGGGACAUGAGGGAAGGAAAGGUCCCAAGUUGGGUUCCAGUUCCAGCAUGAAAACCAGCACAUCGAAACUCUUGAAACGGCAUUUUUCAUUCGGAUCAAAGGGGGCUAGAUACGCGUCAGAGAAUCACCACCACUCGACUAAAAAGAAAGGCUUCUUCUGGACGAGAUCUCUCAGGGGAUAAUGAUCCUCUGCUUUCCAAUCUACUGCCUUACCAGGUCGGUAUAUUGCAGGUUGGGAUUCCUUUUUCUAGGAACUGGAAAAUGUUCGAACUGAUUUAGUAUUUACUGGUGAACAUUUAUGUCUAGAAACUCACUACAGUUCUAUAACUAUAAUGUGGCACAGAUUAUAGAACGGAUCUCCUAUGCAUUGGGAGAAGAUGGCACGUCAGUGGCAGAAAAGAAAGGAAGAGCAUCUAUUCUUUGCCUAGGAGGAGUGCACAUCUUCGAGAUAGUGUCAACCAAGCUUAGGAUUGUGCAACUACACUUGUAAAGAUAAGAAUGGAAUUUGUAGUAGUGAAAAGGGUGAAAAGAGAGAAGAGUCAGCGUAUUGAUUGGAUGUAGUAGGGAAUGAAGAACUCAGUUCAAAGGAAGAAGGGGGAUGCCACAGUACUCAAUGGCAUCCUCCUAAAUCCUAAUAUUCGUAUCUAUGUACAGAUUGAUUCGUUUUCCUGUUGUUGCUUAGAGAACCUAUUCAAUGAAUCUUAUGGGAAUCCAAAUCUUCUGUUGUGUAUGAACUUUUGUGUACCAUGUAUAAUUUUACUGUAUUGCUGUGUGUGGUCAGGUCAGUGUACGUGUUAAUGUGCAUGGUGACUUUCAAAGGAUAUAUGAAAAGGCAGGUUUGGAUCAAGAUGAAGAGAACAGAAGAUAUGAGCACUGCAUGAAGUGGUCAUUGGUGGUAGAGCUACAGUGUGACACGUGGAUCAAAUUGUUGGCUAACGUGGCGGAUGCAUCGGUGCAACAUGAGGAGACACGUGUAAGAAACCCAGUACCGUUGA